UCAAAUGUUAAAUUUGGUGAUGAGAACGAAACAGGCGUGAAGAAAAUGCGAACUGAAGCGACAUGCCCCAAGGGCGACCUUGAAGAAAGAAUCAUAUGAUCCACGCAAGAAUUUUAUAUGGCGUAGUUACGAAAUCACCCAGGUGCAAUAAAGUCUAAGUCGCACAUUCAUCUUGGCCGUUCUAUAUGCACCCGUCCGCAUUUGUAGUCCACGAUGAAAUUCGAGGAUUGUUAUGUAGUGCUGUAUGUUUGCAUCUGUAGUGUUCAUGUGGUUCUCUGUGGAUUCAAUCAUCGUGUAACUCCAUCUUGUGAUGAAACUGCGGACGUAUGUAAGUUUGAGUUUGACAUUCAUUACAAAUUUUCCAUGGUGUACUAUUUCAACGGGUAUUCCACACCCAUCGUGGUCAGGAAUGGGACACUGCUAAAGAGAUCGGUGUACAACAGCGAAGAGUUUACACCUCUCACGCCACAAGAGCUAGAGGAAGUGUUGACGGUGGACGGAGUUUACAAACUUCUAUUCAGCAUUAACGGGGAACUUCCGGGUCCGCCUAUCGUGGUGUACGAAGGACAGACGAUCGAGGUGCUUGUGAAGAACGGUCUGUCAAACGAAGCCUUCACCAUACACUGGCAUGGAAUGAUCCAGAAAAACACCCCAUGGAUGGACGGUGCCUCCAUGGUUACCCAAUGCCCAAUCAGCUCCGGGGAUUCAUUUCUGUACAGAUUUAAAGCCGAGCCGAGAGGGACGCACUGGUACCAUUCCCACCAGGGUACAAUGAGGACGGACGGUUUGGCGGGUCCUCUUAUCGUCCUUCCACGCGAGGAUCGGACGGACAUACCGGAAGUGGAAGACGAAUUUAUAUUGAUGAUCCAGGAUUGGAAUAGGAACUCUUCAUCGCUGGAAAGUCACGUAAUCCAACACUUCAACAUGCAUUUGUACUCCAAUGAUUUCAACUGUACAACAGACUGCUACAAGUCUACACACGCAGCGGACGGCACUAAUAUGGGGGUAGUGCCAUUCCACUCCGGGCUCAUUAAUGGAAAAGGCCACUACUACCCAAAUAAGGCGCUCGAUCCAUUAAUACCGGAAAUCCCUAUGGAAACCUUUAAAGUGAAACCAGACAGGUACUACCGCUUCCGGAUAAUCAAUGCAGCCAUGUUGUUCUCCUUCCGGUUUUCAAUUGAUGAGCAUACAAUCCACGUGAUCUCAACUGACGGAAAUGACGUAGAAAUGGAAACUGGGCAGUCAGUGGUCAUCUCCAGCGGUGAACGAUUUGACAUCCUGAUUAAAACAGAUGGUGACCCUAGGAAAAACUACUACAUCCGGGCAGAAACUACAGAAGUUUACGAUAGACACAAUGAUCCCUAUUAUCCCGGCAGGACCAUGGCUAUUCUGAGAUACGAGGAUGCCCCAGAGGAACUACCAAAACCUACGCGACACGAAUGUACCAGGGAAAAUGUGUGCAAAGUCCUCAACUGUCCAUUCAAACAGUACCCUGUUGAAUCUAACAUCAUGUGUAUGUCCACCGCUGACUUCCGGUCAACAGAAGAAAUGAUCAGCAGACAACCUGUUCCACUUCCACCAAAAGGCGAGGAAAUUCGGGAAGAUUUCCUGAAUUUUCACUAUGCAGGAUUUAGAGGCAGCCCGUUCAUGGCAGCCAUAAAUGGAUACAAAUUUGAAUUCCCCACCUGUCCUCCACAGAUAACCUAUGACCCGCCAGCGCGCACCUGUUUCAAUGAUUGCCAGGAUCAUGACUGUGGAGCUUAUUGUGAGUGCACUCACACCCUGAAGUAUGAUCAGUUACCACUUAACGCGGGCGUACAGAUGAUUCUCGUCAAUAAAGAUACGUUUCGCGGAGCCACUAACCACCCCAUACACAUUCACGGUCAUCACGUGCACAUCCUGAAGAUCGGGUAUCCGGAAGUGGAUCACAAAACAGGACUGAUUAUUAAUGAUACGCCCGACAUAAAAUGUAGAGGAAAGGACUGUAAAUAUCCCAGCUGGAUACAUGAUGAGUGGGCAGGUGGGAACGUUCCAGGCCAAAAUCUACGGAACCCGCCAUUGAAAGACACCGUUGUGGUGCCAAGGAUGGGCUAUGUUGUGCUUAGGUUUCCGCUAGAUAAUCCGGGUUACUGGUAUAUGCACUGUCACAUGGAAGCGCAUCAACUGGAGGGAAUGACUUUGAUAAUUAAGGAGGGACUUCAUUCAGAACAAGUCAAACCUCCCAAAAACUUUCCGACCUGUGGAGAUUUUACGUGGUCGUACGAAGAAUACGAGGCAAUUACCAACGGUGUCAAAGUUGGCCUCGGAGCCGUAUCCAAGAACGAUGCACAAAAUGAAUACGCAAAAGAAUCUGCUCCAGGAUCUCAACCCACAGACUUGCAGGGAAGUUCAUCACAGACAACGGUCACGGUUCUAAUUGUCGCCCUUUGUGGAACUCUUCUAUGCCUCGUGGUAGUUUUGGUCAAAUUCAUCCGAUGUAACCCACAACACGUCAUCGUGUGUCGAGGAUCGUCUGACAAAGGCGUUAAACCACCCCCUGCCAGAUUUAAUGGGAGCGACAGACAACCCUUGCUAUCUUCUAAAGUCACGGAGAUAUCUAUAUGAACUUAACAACUUUGGGUUCAUUGAACGGUUGGCGCCAUCUCGCGGAGUGAAAUCGAUUUUCCAAGGACUUAUAAUUAUAAUUGGUAGUUAUCGAUAAUUACUUUUUUUUUUUUUGAUUUGUGAUUAAUUUUUUGGUCCAAAUGCUGCACGAAAAGACACUCUUUUACAGUCUAUUGAUAUUUAGUGUAUAUAAAUAUCAUGCAUAUAUAUCAGUGUAAACCAAAUGUAGCUCUUCCUGCAGUAGACACUGUCAGAAGUAAGCUAUUAAUGGUGAUCUAUAUGAAAUACUGACGAUUUUCAUUUCAGAUUUGAAACAUUUUAUUUUGGUACUCCAUCUGAACUUUCCUAGUUAUUCUGAAAAUCCUAUAAUCUUUAGAAAUAAACAGUAAACUAUUUUAUACCGGCCAUUACAACUUUUAAAUUCUGUGUAUUGGAGUAUUGUUUGUACAUCAUCCAUUAUAGUUAAAAUACUGCAUUUUAAGCGUGAAUAAUUUAUCAAAUCGCCAUGAACGUGCAGUGAAGUCCUCAGCCUUCGAACGUGGUCAACAACUAGGGGCUGACUGUCCACUCACUGCUUAGGAGAACAAGACCCCCAUUUCAUUAUAUGUACGACCGUGUAUAUCUCUAUGUUCCUACAUGUAUGUAAAUGCACUUUAAAAGUCUCGUCCUUGUGUGAGCUUUGCUGUAUAACAGGUUUCAUGUAACGUUAAUACUUUGCAUUUGUAGACUUACACUAUACAAUUUUCUCGUACUAUUAAAAAAAAAUGAUAAAGGAAGAAAAAUCAUAAUAAUAAAAGAAUAACUUGUACAUAGUUAUGGUAUCAAAAAUUGGUGUUCAAUUUGCAUGAAAAAAUAAAGUCCGAACAGAAAAUUAUUUGGGUUUUUCGUACACCUGCAGUUAUUGUACAGUAAUUUUGUGUCUAACUAUUGCAAAGACAUUUAACGAUUAAUUUGCAAAAUUCAUUUUUUUGUUUCCAAAAUGACAGAAAUAUAAUUCUGUAAAAGUUUGGAAAAAUUCUCAAUGACGAAAAAAGGCGUGAAAUCGAUAGUUUAAUUUUAAACAAAAAUGAAAGAAAUAUGUGAAAAUGAGAGAAUUGUUUGGAAACUAACAUUUGUUUAAAGGGUGGUUAUGCAUUUCUGUAUUGUAGACAUAUGAAUAUAAAUCACGGUGUGUGUAAAUGUAUUAUCACAUUUUCAUAGUUAUACAAUUAUUGAUUUUUAGUGUUUUUCCCUAAUGAGUUCCUCACAUGGUUCAAGAAUUAGAUAGUUGAGAGAAAACCAUAUAGGGUACAUAAUCAAGCUCAAUUUCCCAUGAUUUGUCUCUGUGAUUCUUUACACUAGGCAUCAUAGGAUGUAAAAUGUUGUACAAUAAAAAUAUAUCCACAUAUC